GAUCAUCAUGCCACUUCCAUACCCCAAAUGUAGGCUCCUUUCUACGCUGGAGAACCGGGAGCGAUCCCACAUGCACCUCCAAACAUUUUUUCUUGUGAUUUGUUAAGGGAGAUUUUAUUUAGAGGCGGUGCUUGUUGGCUCCAGAGUAGCGUCGUAACGACACUUUUUUUCCCCCAGUCCCUGUUAAAAGAGUUAGACCGGGGCCAGAGUUGGUGCUGGGGGGUCGCCUAUAGUUUAGUAAUCUCCUGGGGGGUAAUUGCUGCGUUGUUGUUUUUUAAUCCCAUCAGAUUUUCUAUUUUAUUUUUUUAUUUUUAUUUUUCUACUUCUCUUAAAUAUCGCCACCCUCUCACUCUCAAGAUCUGAUACCCCUUCGAGAUUUUUCCUCUCAGAUCAUGAACAAACUAUAUUUUGGUAAUUUAAGUCCUUCGGUUACUGUCGAGGACUUGAAGGAGCUCUUUGGGGAGUGGAAGCUGCCAGUGGCCGACCUGGUCCUAAUGAAAUCCGGCUAUGCUUUUGUGGACUUCCCCGACCAGAACUCGGCCAUAAAGGCUAUAGAGACUCUUUCUGGUAAAGUUGAAUUACACGGAAAGGUGAUAGAGGUAGACUACUCUGUUCCCAAAAAACUAAGGAGUCGGAAGAUCCAGAUCCGGAACAUUCCCCCUCAUCUACAGUGGGAGGUUUUGGACGGCCUUCUCGCUCAGUAUGGUACUGUAGAAAAUGUGGAACAAGUGAACACGGAUACAGAAACAGCAGUGGUGAAUGUUACGUUCGCAACCAAGGACGAAGCUAAAGAAGCUAUUGAGAAGUUAACGGAACACCAGUUUGAAGACUACUCUUUCAAGCUGUCAUAUAUUGUGGACAUGGAUGCUGCUCCGCCCGACCAGGCUCCCCGCACGCGGCGCGGGGGUCGGUCGUCCCGGGACCAGGGCACCUCUCAGCCCGGGCCCUCGGGAGACUAUGGCGCUCCACGCAACAGACAACACGACUUCCCCUUGCGCAUGCUCGUGCCUACUCAGUUUGUGGGAGCCAUCAUUGGCAAAGAGGGCCUCACCAUCAAGAAUGUCACCAAACAGACACAGUCCAAAGUGGACAUUCAUCGGAAGGAAAAUGCAGGUGCGGCAGAAAAGCCCAUCACCAUCCACUCAACUCCUGAUGGCUGCUCAUCCGCCUGUCGCAUGAUCCUGGACAUCAUGCAGAAGGAAGCCAGCGAGACCAAGACGACGGAGGACAUCCCUCUGAAGAUCCUCGCCCACAACAGCCUGGUGGGCCGGUUGAUUGGGAAGGAGGGCCGCAACUUGAAGAAGAUCGAGGAGGACACAGGGACCAAGAUUGCCAUCUCCUCGUUAAAAGACUUAACCAUUUACAACCCUGAGAGGACCAUCAUGGUGAGGGGCAGCUUGGAUGAGAGUUGUAAAGCCGAGGUGGAGAUCAUGAAGAAACUGAGGGAAGCCUACGAGAACGACGUUGCUGCUAUAAACCAACAGGCCAACCUGAUCCCAGGCUUGAACCUGAACGCUCUGGGAAUCUUCUCCUCUGGUCUGCCGGUUCUGCCCUCUGCUGCUGGACCACGUGGUGCAAUGCCCUCUAUGGCACCAUCAGGAUACAACCCAUUCUUAAGUCACUCUUCACAUCUCAGUGGCCUGUACGGGGUUCCUCCAGCAAGUGCCAUCAGCCACCAGCACUCACAACAGGCUCCAGAACAGGAGGUUGUCUACCUCUUUAUUCCAACUCAGGCAGUCGGGGCCUUGAUUGGCAAGAAGGGCCAGCACAUCAAACAACUCGCCCACUUCGCUGGAGCUUCCAUCAAGAUUGCCCCAGCUGAGGGUCCAGAUGUCCCUCUAAGAAUGGUUAUCAUUAGUGGAACCGCAGAGGCUCAGUUUAAGGCCCAAGGUCAGAUACAUAGGAAGCUGAAAGAGGAGAACUUCUUCUCAGCGAAGGAGGAGGUCAAACUGGAGACGCACAUCAAGGUUCCCUCAACUGCAGCUGGCAGGGUCAUCGGUAAAGGCGGCAAAACGGUAAACGAGCUGCAGAACCUCACGAGUGCUGAGGUCAUCGUACCGCGGGACCAAACUCCAGACGAGAACGACGAGGUCUUUGUGAAAAUCAGCGGGCAUUUCUUUGCCAGCCAGACUGCACAGAGGAAGAUCAGGGAGAUCAUUCAGCAGGUCAAACUGCAGGAACAGAAGCACCAGCAGGGUGGCGCCGUGUCACCGCACCACUCCAAGUGACCAGCGGGGUGGCUCCAGCGGGCGCCUGCCAAUGAAUGUAGCCCUCCUAAACAAACAGAGAACUACCCAGACAAAGGCCAAGGCCAAGGGGGACAUGCAGGGCAGACCAGCAGCACCGGGAUCAAAACCAAAGAACUUCACUAGGGGGAAAACAAGUGAGAGCCAAAGGCUGAGGGCAUUGUGUGCACUGCCAGCCCUGUGAGAGCAGAUAGAGUGGGAGAAAACCGUACUGAUAUAAUAUAACAAGAAAAGACCAAAAAAAAUCUACAAGAAAGGUGGAAAUGACAGAGAAUUUGGCACCUGUUGUUCUCACAGUUAAAAAGGUAAACAGGAAAUAGUAUGUUGCCCUGCAUAACGUUAUCUCUUUAGUUGGACUAACAUAGGCCUAACAAACUGAUAAAGCAUUGGUAUUAACAUGAGCAUAUAAGGCAUUGUGAUUAUUAUUUUGGGUUAGGACGAGAGCGAGUGACAAUGGACACCUUCUCUCACAAGAGUUUGAGAUAUUAAGAUUGCAAAACUAAAUGUCGUUAGCAGUAUUAAAACAGCGUAGAUAUAUUGAUACACACUGAGAGUAUGCACUGUUAUUUUUCUAUCAAAAUGGCAGUACAACUUGGUGUGGUUUUUAAUAUGUUUAACUUGUUCUAGAGAUUGAUUGGGCUGUGACAGCCACAUAAAGCAGUUUCCCUUGUUUGUUCACAAUAUAGGCCACUGAAAUCAAAAAGAAAAAAAAACCCUAUAAAAGUAAAUGGACCUUUGUAACAAAGCCUGUGUGUGCCAACGUAAAAGAUAACGUCCCUUUGAAAUGUCUCUCACCAUUCAUAUCUGAUGCUUUCCUGCUUUUUUUUGUUUCUUUCUUUUCUGCUAAUUUCUGAUUCACUUUCUCAUCACUCUCUCUCAUUUGGCAUGUUUUUUUUUAAUAGGAUGAAAAUAUUUGUUGUAAAGAAACACUUUUUGUCCCCCCCCCCCCGUAGCCUUUUGAUAACAUUGAACUGACUGCCACUUUCACUCAACAAAGGUUAAAUACAACAGAGGUGUUUUCAUCACUCUUCCAUCACGUGCAGUAGACUAUAUCUACAUUCAUGCUUGUCCUGAUAAAAAAAAAAAAACUAUCAAAAGGGUGUCUCUAAAGGCAUUCUCCUCAAUGAUCAGAGCAAAAAUUGACGUCUUUAAAAAAAUGUAUCCAGUCAUUUUGAAUGUGUACCGCCACACGCUCUGCCUUAUGAGGACAUCUCGAGGGCCGACAUAAAAUAUCAGCUGAGGGCCCAGAGAGGGGACGUGGGCUUAAGGGGAGCUGGGGUGGGAGGGUGCAGACUCAAGGUGUGUGGAGUGGCAGUAAGGAAAUUGUUUUGGGUAGAGGGUGGGUGGUGGUUGGGGUUGGGGAGGCACCGGGAGGAACUGUAUGACCUGUGGUACACACACAACCGCAAACAUGACCGCGGCCGCGUUUGGCUUCAACCCUCUCUUGUCAGGGAGCUUUCUAAAACGGCAUGACAGCUGUGAAUGUACGAUAUACAGCCUUUUUAGAAAUUUUCACCCCUGCCGUGUCCAGCAGGCCGGCACAGAGGCACAGAUUGCCAUUGUCAUUCUCACUCUCGCUCUCUUUUCUGUUAACUUUUCUUUUGUGUUUCUUUUCUUUUGGCGAGCUGGAGCUGGAUACGCAGGUCCUGGUGUCCCUUUGUGCUUUACUUUGGAGACCAUGGAAGCUUGUUGCCUUAUUUUGUCACCUUUCAGACAUCACCCCAUCAGCUGCAUCUUCCAGACGCAAGGUUAUUGCCAAUACGCACAGCUUCCUCCAUGUGUGUGUGCACAUGUGUGUGUGUGUGUGUGUAUAUAUAUAUAAAAAGAGAGAGUAAUAUUUAUGAAUCU